AUGGAUUCUGCUUGGAGGCGGGAAAACAACAUUGAGGAUAAAAUGACGUCGGGGGCCAUGCCUCACGGAGCUGUAUCCGAUGAGGGCGCCAUGGAGAACAAACCAGAGACUUCUGAGGACCAAGCACGGCAAGUCACUCCUCGCUGGAAACGAUGGCUUGGAGGCAACUCGAAGGAUGAGGAGUCUCCGGAGGUGAAAGAGCCUUAUCGCGCCAAGUCGACGUUGGGUAUCUUGAGCGAUAAGCAGACGGACGAAGUACCUGGAACGGUUCUUCUGUUGUCCCACGACCGCAACGAACCACUAGGAUUGCGACGUCAACCCGAGCGCACGGCUCCGUCAUCAUUCCCUCAACCGAAUCCUCCGACCCGUUCUCCUUCUCGCGACCCCAUUAAAAAAACUACCGAUGGCGUCGUUUUGAGCCCUCAGCCUGAUGAUUCCGCGAACGAUCCGCUCAACUGGCCGGUUUGGCGACGUGAUGCGGCGUUACUGUCGCUGGGGUUUUACAGUUUGUUGGGAGGGGGAAUGACCCCUGUCCUGGCAGCGGGAUUCAAUAAUGUGGCCGCGACCUAUGAUGUGUCGACGCAGCAGGUGGCCUACACGACCGGUUUAUACAUGUUGGGACUGGGAGUGGGCUCGGUGAUUAUGUCUCCGACUGCUAUUUUGUUCGGGAAGCGACCAGUAUACUUACUGGGUGCCACCCUUUUCAUCCUAUCAGCUGUCUGGUGUGCGCUGUCGCCGGAUUACGCUAGCUUGGUGGUUGCCCGUGUCUUCCAGGGCAUUGCAGUGAGCCCGGUCGAAUGCCUUCCAUCAGCCAGCAUCGCAGAGAUUUACUUCUUGCAUGAGCGUGCAUAUAGAAUCGGCAUUUACACCCUCCUGUUGCUAGGUGGCAAGAACUUGGUUCCCUUGGUGAGUGCUGCCAUCAUCAAUAGUAUGGGAUGGCGUUGGGUGUUUUGGAUCGUGGCUAUCAUUACUGGUGGCUGUUUGGUAUGCCUUUUCUUCUUCGUGCCCGAGACGUUUUGGGAUCGCACGCCUCGUCCCCAUCGCCAUCAUAAACGACCAAACCUCCAUCGGAGCGUCUCGAAUAUCAUUUCCCACGGACGACGGGGUCGGCCGCCGUAUGCUGAAAGCUUGGCCGACAAAGUGGAAGAAGAAAUUCAGCCCCCGUCACCAGUUGCGAGGAGGCACUCGGAUCGCCACGUUGAGUUUGACAGUCAUGAGAAGGUAGAGGAAGGAGGGCACGGUGGCCAAGAAGGAGACCGAAUCACGGCAAUAUCAACCACGGGGGCGGAGAACAGAGCGGCCGAUCCUGAGAAGCCAGAUCAUCCGAAUGACCCUGAAGCGGCCAAACACGCGGGCAACGACUCUCCCGCCCCAGUGACCGGAGCGGCACGAUACACGAACCGGCUUCGAGAGCGGGGUCCAAUCCCUUUCGCCCAAUAUCUUAGACCCUGGUCGGGUCGGAUCGCCCAUGACAAGUGGCUGCGUGUUGCAGUACGACCGUUCAUCUUGUUCGCCUACCCGGCCAUCCUGUGGUCGACAGCAGUGUACGCACUGUCUGUCGGAUGGCUGAUUGUCAUGUCAGAGCUCGUCUCCCAUAUCUACCAGGGAGGCAGCUACAACUUCACUUCGCUGCAGGCGGGUCUGAUCUACAUCUCCCCGUUUGUAGGUGGGUUAAUCGGCACCGCGGUGGCGGGUAAAGUGUCUGAUAUCAUCGUCAAGUUCAUGACCCGUCGUAACGGGGGUGUUUAUGAGCCGGAGUUCCGACUCGUGAUGGGUAUUCCAAUUGCCUUGUCGACGACGGCAGGAUUGAUGGCGUUUGGCUGGAGUGCGCAGGAGAAGGAUGCAUGGAUCGUGCCUACGAUAUUCUUCGGACUGGUGUCUUUUGGGUGCUGUCUGGGUAGUACGACGGCCAUUACAUUUGCCGUAGACAGUUAUCGACAAUAUGCAGGGGAAGCCCUGGUGACGCUGAACUGGAGCAAGAACGUCUUCCACGGCCUAAUCUUCUCCCUGUUUGUUGUCGACUGGAUGGAAUCCGACGGGGCGCGAACGGUAUUCCUGGCCCUUGGUGGAAUCCAACUAGGCUGUCUGCUAUUUACAAUCCCAAUGUACAUGUACGGCAAGCGGGCGCGGAUGUGGACAGUACGCAAACGGCUGAUGGAGAAGUUCUAG